AUGGCUUACAAUACAGGCCUGGCAGAUUCCAGAGCUAUGUCUCAGAGUGACUCGAACUUACUAAGCAGUUCAAGACCAAGACCAAGCGAGCAAGUGGGGAGUAUGCGUAGAAACUCUAGUGUUGAUGAUAUGGACACUUCCAAGAGAGGCAAAGGAUUCUUAUACAGGCUAGUCAGACCCUGGAAAUGGCACCGUAAGAAGAAGAAGAACAGCAAAAGUGACAGCAGUGGACAGAAUAGUGGAGGCUCUCUAAGCAGCUCUGAAAAUGCUGAGCAAGGACCCAACACAGUCACCUACCUCAACCCUCUGCAUCGAUCUCCACAAUUUCAUCCGGGAGCUAGUAACGAUAUGAACGGGUACCACUCUCAACAUCCAGCAGAACCGCAGCAACAAUUCAUGCAACAGAUGCAACAACACUACGAGAGUCAGCAGCAGCAGCAACCAAUACCGGGACAAUUUGCAGGGCCGCGUUCAAUGUCUUACCAGCCUGGCAUUCCUCCCCCACCACCCUAUAACCACCCACACCAGUUUGCAGGGCCUGGAGUGAAGGACAAUCAUAUGGAUGCAAGAGCAAGCUCACACUCACCACAACCAGCAGCAAGAGUUGGUUCUACAUCCGACUACUCUAUAGCCAGCAUGCCCUCCGACUUCCAGUACCCACAACAGAGUGGCCACAAUGGCAGACACAGUGAUGUCACUUCUCCACUGGUGACAAACGAUAAGAAAGUUGUCAACCUCUCAAAUCCUAAUGCAGCUGCUGCCACUCCUCCACCACGAAGCAUCCUCAAGGGAGGGGCAACCUAUGAGGAGGAGAGAGCACUACGCUUCAAACACACAUCACCAGAGACAUCCGACAAUGAUCAAUCAAAAAAAUCCUCCAAAAAAAAGCGGGCCAAACAGAAGUCCAAUGACAAGUAUGUGGUGUACUCCCCUGAUGAUGACUUGACAGACGACGAGGACUAUACCGAUAGCGAUAGCGAUGAAGACGACGGCCCUAGUCAACCUGUUGAUGAGGACGAAAAAAUCACAGUCAAUGGCAAGGUGUGUCGCAGUGACAGUAUUGCAAUUGUACGGAAAAGAAGGAAAAAGGAGGCAAUUCCAACUCAAACUGCUGAGCGACGUGCUACGAUUGAGGGCAAUCUGAUGAGACGACUGAGUCAGCGACCCAGCCAAGGAGAACUCAAAGAAAGGAAUAUUAUUCCCCAGGAGAAAUCUAAGAGAGAACAAUCCUGGGAGGAGCGUAAGGUCGAGCUGGAGAGGAAACUCAGUCGAAGGCCUACUGUAAAAGAACUACGGCAGAAGAAAAUUUUGAUAUCGUUUGCUGACUACGCUGAAGUGAUUGAGGCUGAGGCCUUUGACAGAACAGCAGACAAGCCUUGGACUAGACUGCGCCCUGAGGACAAGGCCAGCAUUCGAAAGGAACUAAACGAAUUCAAGAGAUUUGAAAUGCAGAUUCACCCAGCAAGUGAAUACAUGACUAGAUAUCAUAGACCGUGAGAGGAUACUCUUUUUUCAUCGUUCUAUGCUUGUGUUUGUGUGGGCAGUGGAUCUUAGUUCUCAAGGGCAGACUGCACAAUUUUAAAACUAUAUGUUGGUUGUAUGUGCUAUUUUUGUAGGGUGAGAUAAAAUGUAUGUUCUUUAUUGCACUUAUUUUAUUGGUUAUUUGCAAUCAUAAAUAUUUCUUUGUUUUUACACGAGCAGUUGUGCUGUCAGUUUUAAUCCUUCUUCUUUGUGCACGUUCUGUAGCUGAUUGAACAAGUGCACUACCUUU